CUGGACGUAGCAUCACAAUUGGUCAUUGCAGGAUUGGAACGCAAUCGUAAUAACUUUUGUCUUUUCUGGUCAAUCUCGUUACUAGUCAAAAUAAAAACUAUUGACACAAAAUAAGAAUCUUCAAGUCCCUUCCGAACUUCCACAUAGUUCUUGUACAAUUUCGUUUGUAGAUAAAUACUUUGAAGUGAACAAAUAAGAAAAGUAUUUCUACGCUCCGAUACCUUGGCGACUGGGGGCACGCAUAGAACGUAAUCCGGCGAGGUCGUUUAUUCAUCGGACCCUUUAACGCAGCACAUUUUCUUGCCGGACUACAAACAGGGCCGACACCGGAAAUGAGCUACCCAAAGGUCAUAGUUCGUUUGUGUGUCCACGCGCACACGUGCUCUGCUUUAAAACGCUCAAAUGACGACUUUUGAGACGUCGUCUCGGCAAUCUUCCAACGUUCUCAAAAUGCAUCGGGACAUUUCGCCGUCGUCGUCGUCGUCGGGCGAGGACGACGACGGCGACGGUGACGGUGACGACGCGGGCAAGCCGUUAAAGGCAAAGGAAAUGGCGAAGGGGGAGACCAGCAAGUACGAGUGUCCCGACGACUUUGUGAGCUCGCGCAGCCCGCUGACGGACUUGCUGAAGGGCAACGAGAGCGAAGUGUGGCUCGUCAAAACGCCCGCCGGCUUCGAGCCUCGAAGUUUGCACGGCGUGGAAGUGAAUCUUUGCGGCUUUCAGACGCUGACGCUUCCUUCCGCCGGGGACGCGAGCGACGGACAGCCGGUCUACAACGUCCUGGCGUCCAAUCACGGCACCUCCGACCUCCGCCUGCUCACCGCCGGUUCUGGCGCCGCCUUCUGCGGCCUGCUGAGCGUGUACGAGAGCUACGGAAGCGCCGGGACGCCGCCCCCCGUCGCCCGCGCCGCCCCCGCGCCAACCAUCCCGCCCGGACUCAAACAGAGAUUCCGGCCCUUCGGAAGCGAGACGCCCAUCACGACGCGGGAAACCCGGGACCAAGACGGGAAGACGAAGAAGAAAAAGAAAGACGAGCGCAUCAAAGCAGAACCAGAGGACUUGGAAGUGACGGUCAAACAGGAAGUUGAGGAACCAGGCCAGGAACAUUGGGAAGACAAGAGGAGGAAGAAGAGGAAAAAGAAGGACAGGGAGGAGAAGGAGAAGGAGGAGCUCGUGCAAGUGAAACAGGAAGUGGAAAGUGAGCAGGAGGUAGUGGACGCGUGCUACAAAAACGACGGCUCGGCAAAGAAGAAGAAGAAGAAAAAGGAGAAGAAAAUCAGAAAGGACAACGACUAAAUGCCACAAACUCAGAAUUCAACUUUUUCUUUUUGGAAGAAAACAAAACACAUUUUCUGUCGCGUUCGUCAUAACUCCAAACACUCGUUUUCCCAAAUCAUCUUUCUCCGCUCAAAUGAACGGAAAUGCCAAAAAACCCAACAAAACAUUUGUGCAAACUGCACGCGGGAUUUGAACCCACGACCUCUUGAACGCGCUAACCACCCGGCGACCCAAACCAAAUAUUGGAAUAAAGAAACUCCAUCGGACUUA